AUGGGCAUCACCGAGCUGGAGCAAGCGCAAGUGCCAGCAGCGCCCAGCUCCRCGCCACCCGGCAGGUUCCUGCGGGACGACUACGCCGUGCAGGUGUCCAUCAAUGAYCACCUGGACAUCUAUUGUCCCCACUACGAGGGAGUGGUGCCGGGCGGGCGCCCCGAGACCUUCACGCUCUUCAUGGUGGACCGCGAGGGCUAUCGCGGCUGCUACGCGGCGCCCAGCGCCUUCAAGCGCUGGGARUGCAACCGGCCCCACGCGCCCUUCGGGCCCGUGCGCUUCUCCGAGAAGAUCCAGCGCUUCUCGCCCUUCCCGCUCGGCUUUGAGUUCCAGCCGGGGGAGACCUACUACUACAUCUCCGUGCCCGGCCCCGAGAGCGCCGGGCGCUGCCUGAAGCUGCGGGUCUCCGUCUGCUGCAAGGGCACGACGCCGAAGCCGGCGACAGAGCUUCCCAACUCGCAGCCACGCGGAGGGCCGGAGGGGACCUUGCUUGGAGCGCCCACCCCGCCGCAGAGCGAGCGCAUCCCACGGGCCCUCGUCUCGUCCUCCAGCCAGGACACGGAUCUGUCUUCCGCGAAGACGCCCCCCCCCCGCCCUUUCCCUUCCCUUCCGCCCCCUCCUCGUGCCGUUUGCCCCCCGCACGGGUCGGGGUUGACCCCUGGUAGUGACUGA